GGCCAAGAACCAAAAGGCUGCAACUAAUGUGCAGGUACGCGCUUUCUACUCCACCAUCAUCGUUGAAUCAUUUGUAGCUCAAAACUCACCUCUCGAUUGCCUAGGACUUCGAAUCUGACAAGAUGCAUGUCGAGCGAUCCAUCAAGCUCGUUACCGAGCAGCACAACAUUCCGAAGCCCUCGCCUAUGCCCGAGUUUCCUAUGAAGGAAUGGAGCGUCAAGAUCUAUCUCCUCGACCAGGCCGGCAAUGAGCAUCCUGCCAACUGCUUUACCAAGGUUACCUACAAUCUUCAUCCUUCAUUCGAGGACAAGACUCAUCAAACCUUUACCGAUCCUCCAUUCACCUGCAAGAACGAGGGAUGGGGUGAGUUUGAGAUGUCUAUCGAUCUCUUCACUACCGAGAAGGGUGGAAAGACUACCGUUUAUCACGACCUCAACUUCCAGUCACCCAAGUAUGAAGUUAUCCAGUCGGUCACUUUUAAGAAUCCUUCGCAGGCGCUACUUUCUGUUCUUCGCGAGACUGGUCCCAUCCCCAACGAAGACGACUCGAAGGCUGCCGCCAAAGCUCGAAAGGCGAACGAUUUCAAGAAAAAGAAGGCGGCCUAUGACUAUGAGAAGAUGGCUGAAGGUCUAGGCAAACUUAAUGAGGAUGACCUCCUUCACGUUAUCCAGUUGAUCCACGACCACAAGACAGACGACACGUAUACAAAGAACGAUAUGGAGGCUGGAGAAUUCACCGUGGAUUUAUACACCUUGCCCGACCAUCUGUCUAAGAUGAUCUGGGACUUCAUGGUCGACCUGAAGAUGAUCUAAGAAUUUGGGAGUCGAAAAUGUGUUUUGGGUUGCAGCCCAUAUGGUUUGGAAUGGUUUAUUGGUCUUGCGCCGUCAUCAAUUACUGGGCUCGUAUGUUUAUCGUAUUCGUCUCCAUCUUCAGGUGAGCACUAGGUUGCAUUUGCAUUGGGCAUUGGCGUUACGAGUUAGGAGAAGACGUCUCCUUACGGUUGUCUAAAUGAAUAGUGGCAUUGGUUGGCAGGCGGCAAUGGUGACCUUUGGCGUAUGGUUGCGUUUUAACGCUUCAUCCAUCGCGAUAGAUACCCUGCAAUUAUGUAGUCUCCCUGACAAUGCGAAAAAAAGGUUUAGCUUUUUACCAUGUUAUCGACUAUCAUACACGUAUUCUUACGGUGCUAUCCGGGCUUAAGAGAUAUCAAAAUGCCUUGAUACCUGAUAUGUACGCGCUGAAGCAUUGAAGUGUUGGGGGGCUGUCGUAGGCUCAUUUGAAUCAUUGAAGGCUGUGGAGCUGAGAAUGACAUCACAGGCAUCACAAGUUUAAGGCUGAGCGAUCAUCAUCUGACAAGACGCUACGGAGACUUCUGUUUAGUGGGGCUUUGCGGAGAGACCUGGAGAGGUUUUUUUUUCUUUCUUUCUUUCUCCCUCUUCCUCAAAGGUGAGCUAAG